AUGCCCAGCAAGGGCGAGAGCACGCCCCACACCUUCUGCCGCGUGGACAAGAACCUCAACACCAGCAUGUGGGGCCCCGCGUUGUUCCUGUGCUACAAGAUCGCCGUGGCCAAGGACAACACGCUGGUCUACGAGGCAGGGCUGCUGAGCCGCUACCCCGAGCAGGACAGCGAGUCCUUCCCGCUGCCCGAGUCGGUGCCCGUGUUCUGCCUGCCCAUGGGGGCCACCAUCGAGAGCUGGCCCGUGGGCACCAAGUACCCCCUGCCCGUCUUCUCCACCUUCGUCCUCACCGGCGCCUCGGGGGACAAGAUGAUCUUCCCCCUGCGCUGGCAGUGCCCCUACAUCCCGCUGUGCCCGCUGGCGCUGGCUGACGUGCUGUGUGCCCCCGUGCCCUUCAUUGUAGGCAUCCACUCCAGCUACUUCGACCUCUACGAGCCCCCCCGCGACGUCAUCUUCGUCGACCUGGACACCAACACCAUUUUCCAGUGA